GUUUGUUUAAAUAUGGCGGAGCAUGGAUACUUGAAUUUUUGGCGGAUUUAAUAUAACAAUUAAAUUUCUUCGCAAUUAAGUAAAGACAAUGACUACCGAUACAUCACUAGACGAUGCUAAUCUCGUACAAGCUGUCAAAGAACUCCUAAUCAAUUCUACUGAUCAUCUAAAAGAAGCACGAAGGAAUGAAAAUGAAGAAGAUCUUUUGAUGAGUUUAGAAUCAAGAGAUAAAAAUUUUGACAAACGUGAACUUGUUAGGAUUAUAAGGUCUCAAAUAGAUGACAAUCUAGGACCGGCAAUUGAUAGAGAAAUAGAACGAUACAAUGAUAAUAAAGCUAGACCUAAUGUGGCAGGAAGAAUAACCGAUAGUGUCUUAAAUACCUCUGAAUUUCAAGCUCUCUCUGACCAAUUAAAAUUGGAACUUCAAAAUGCUUGCGACAUUCUACAUGAUAAUUCUGACGAUGAAUUCGCAGAUGUCGGUCUCGUUAAUGUCAAUACAAGGACUAGAAAGCAUGAUGUUCUAUACAGCGAAACAGAGUCAUCUCUGGGGGAAGGUUCCUCCCUCAAUCAAAGCAAUUGUAACAUUUUAUUUGUAAGUCAAGAACAACUGGUCAACUUAGCAAGGCAACUUAGUCAACCCUCUAUAGAAGAGAGAAAACAAGCAAUGCAUAGUUUCCUGCAAAUUCCCACUGCCGAUAUCGGAUCUUUACACGGGUGGAAUGACGUUUCUAGACCCUUGUUAGACGCAAUGAGCGAUCCUGACGACGAUUUAUGGAAAAUGUGUAUGAAAUUUAUUUCGAGAGGCUUAUCGACUAGCGCUGAAUUUACAAAAGAAGUUUACGCUAUAUUAAUUGAUUAUAUAUCUUCCUUUUUUGCACCGUCAUCCCAUAUGUCCACUUUACCACCGGAUAUUGAUUUAAGCCUAAAUCAGAUUCAACGUCUUUUGAAAGCAGUCCGAUUAAUGAAUGAAUUUCAGAGACAUAUUCCCCAAUAUUGGGUUAGGAUAGCUAACAAUUUUAUUGAAAGAAUCUUAAGGAAAACUUUCGAUCUUUUAACCUUACCACCCUUAAGUAGGACAGGCAUAACCCCGUUACACAUUGUGUCUCUGUUGGAUUCCAAAGCUCAAUGGUUUGUCUGCUGGAUGCAUGGCUUCAUUAGUAGACAACCGUUUUUUGAAUUGUUAAAGAAGCACAGGGUGGUCGUGGAGCAAGCUGUCAAAAUUAUAUAUCAAGCUGCUAAUUUAGGACCAAAAAGAACAAAUGUUAAAAGGCUGGCCGCGACGCCACGAUUAGGACAAUUCGUGUAUUCUAGGGUCGAAAUUGACGCCGCUUUCCUUAUUCAUUCUAUUUGUUUCAUGUCGAAACUAUUGAAAUUUAAGAUCGGGAGAAAAAUGUUUCCCUUUGAUUUGCCUGAAAGUGAAAAGUCGUUGAGCCUCCAGCAAUUCAUUAUCAGCGUUUUAAAUAUAGUCAUACAAUGGGAUAUGAAGUUAGCAAAUACGUUACCCGAUUUGGCGCUGGAUAUGCUUAAAAAUCUUGUGGGAGAUACUAACUGUGCAGAAUGCUGUGUUUGCAAUGACGAAGUAAUGUCUAGUAUAAUGGCACCUUUUGCUGCUAUGCUUGAGCAAUCAGAAGGUUAUAAGGUCAGCGAUCAAGCCCUAUUGAGAUUAACUGAGAUUCUCUCUGUAAUUGCAUCAAGUACCGCAGGUCGCCUAAAAUUGCUUUAUGGAGAAAAAGGGCAAAGGUUGAAUCGGGUCAGAUCCGCCCCAGCGCAUAUUUUAGCUCAGGUCGUUCAUAAAUCUUUAAUCGAUGAAUUAGACGUGAAAAGAAGCAAUGCUGUUAUAUCGAACAUAUUGUAUGUGUGUCGACAAAUUUAUAGCACCCAAGAAGGCCUCUUGAUGCUUUCUAGUUACAAGCUUCAUCAGAGCAUAAAUUCUUCGUGGAGGGACGCUCUUAGGAAUUUAGACGAUGCACCAACGCCAACGAACAGUGACGAUGGAGAUUUAGAUGAACAAAAAAGCGAUAAAAACCUUAUCUUUUGGGAGGACAAUCUACGAGACAACCUAUUAAGUAUGGCCGCAACUCCAAACGGUGUACUACUACUUCAUCAAACUGGAGCUCUGGAAGAAUGCGUAUGCUAUAUGCAUAAGAGACUUGUCAAGAAUUUACAAGUUUCAAAGAUGGAAAAGUUUGGUUACGGUUUCAUGCUUUCGCAAAUAGCUGCUACAGCACCAGGAAUAAGAGCUGUUCUUGAUAAGACAGAUUAUGUCAAAAGGCUAUGCAUUAAACUUUGGAAAGAGAUUGAAUGCGUUGAUGAUUCAUACAUAUUCAGACCUAAACCAUGGCAAAUAACUCCUAUUUCAAAAUAUGCUUUAAAGCCGUUCAACAAUCUACUAGCAAUAACUUCUUCAUUCGCUUCCGUCUAUGAGAAUUUAUACAAGAAGGAAUUACCCGUUCAGGCUAGAUACAGUCUAAGAGACUUACCUACGAGUAUUGAAGGUCUUCUAGAUCGUCUCGUUUUUAUAGAUGCUAACGAAAAGCGUCAAGCUUUAUUUAAAUACGAAGAAUCUCAUGUAUUAGGUUUAAGAUGGCUAUCAGUAAUGGUUUCAUGUUUAGAUACAAUGCUCUUAUUGCAAACUCAAUACAGAUUUGACGAGAUUCUCAUUAAAGAGCAAAAUGCUAAUGUCGUAACCGUUCAGCAACAAAACGAUGUAACAAAGGAAACUCAUAUAUUUGAUAUGUUAUCUUCUGAAAGGAGUCAUAUUCUAGUUAGAGCUCUGGCCUUAGGGGGUCCCACUGAACGAAUAUUACCGCCUAGAGAGAGAAUAUCCGAUAUGUCGUUAAGAGAAAAAAAAGAGGUUGAAAUCUAUCCACCGGUUUGCUCAAUGGCCUUGCCCAAGAACUACCUACCGCAAAUUGAUAUUAAAGUUAAAAGCUUGGACACUGAUCUAUGGAAUUUUCUCAACGAAACAAAGAAACAAAAAGUUGAUGAAAUUUGGUUAGAAAAGGCACAAUCACUUGUCUUUAGUGCUCUAACAACAAAACCGGAUACUUUACAUACAUCUUGUAUUAGAGAAAUUUUAGACAGAGCUGCCCAUAUGAUAAUUUACGAUGCAGAUGAUGCUAUAUUUCCGGCUAUUGAUUUCGUAGAAGGAGAUAAAACGGAUUCAUCCAGUACGGACAACAGUAUAAAAAACUUUAAACUACCAAUUAUGCAAGAGAACGGAAUUCGUUUGUUAACAAAAUAUGGACAGAGAUUAAAACUUUUACAGAGUGGUGAUGCCAUUAACGAAAAGUUGAUAUUCUUGAUGAAAAAAUGUGGAUAUUUCCUCCAGCAGCAACAAAAACCUUGCUCUCCGAAUGCACUAAAAUGGGUUGUGAGGCCUAAACCACCAUGUGACUGGUUCGUUGGAGUACUGUUUCUUAUAUUCUCCGGAAAUGGUGAACGUACUUGGAAACUCCUUCAGCAAAUUUCUUGCAGUGCUCUAUCUUCUUACGUUUGGCCAAAUCGAUUACAUCGUAGUAUACAUUUACCCGUUUCAAUAGUUGAAUCUGGUAUGGGACCAUUGCACUACAUUGUUUGUCAGCGUAUAGAUUUAAUUGUACAUGCUGAAUUACCUCAAGUUGCCUCAGCUUUUAAAAUGUCAGGCCUCGCUUCCUCUCUUAUUUGCGAACAAUGGAUAAGACAAUCCUUCCUGAACUACAUGGAUUGGACCGACAUUACACACUAUGUGGCGCUAAUAGUUCUUUUCGGAGUCGAUUAUAUAGUUUACGUUUGCGUUGCUGUUUUCAAACAUUUGCAAAAAGAGAUAUUAGAAAACUGCCAUAGUUAUACUCUUUUGGUUUACCUCAAAGAAGAACCUUUUAAAGGAUUCCGAAUAAGUGAUUACAUGCAAUAUAUGAAAAAUUUAGAACAGAAGUACAGACAAACAAUCCGACAAAGUCUCCGUAUGAUUGGUCAGCCCUAG